CUUUUCAAGUUAUCACUUCUCUUUCCUCUGCACUCAGCUGCCUCCUCUCCAGGCAGCGUCCUUGAACCUCUCACUCCCUGCUCCCCACACACCCCUCACUCAGCACAGGAUGGACCCCCUGCCUCUGCUCCUCUACCUGUGCGCAGUGCUGGCACCAAGCCAUGGAUUCAGUGUGGAUGUGGAGGGACCCAUCACUUUCCAAGAGGCAGCAGCAGGGUUUGGGCAGAGCGUGGUGCAGUUCGGGAGAGCCAGCGCUGGGGGGGUGAUUGUCGGGGCCCCGCUGCAGAUGGGAGGUGUGAAUGAAACCGGCAAAGUCUACAAGUGCAACCCAAGCUCCAGACGCUGCCAGGAGAUCCCCAUCCAGAGGCCCCGCGAUGCCAUGAACAUGUCCCUCGGUUUGUCUUUGGCUGCCCGAGGCUCCCAGUUCCUGGUGUGCGGCCCCACGGUGCACCGGGCCUGUGGGGAGAACAUGUAUGUGAAUGGCUACUGCUUCCUCCUGGACCAGCAGCUCCGGCACAUCCCAGACACCCUGGCAGAGUGCCCCAAACAUGUCACAGACAUAGUGCUCCUCAUAGACGGCUCGGGCAGCAUCUCACCUGAGGACUUUGAAAAGAUGAAGACGUUUCUCUCUGAGAUCAUGAAGCGUUUCCACAGCACUGACACACAGUUCGCCCUCAUGCAGUAUUCGCACAUAUUUAGAGACCACUUCGACUUCUCACAGUACAGGAGCAGUCGUGACCCUGAUCAACUUCUCCAGAGGGUUAAGCAGCUUCAGGGAUUGACAUACACGGCCAGCGCCAUCCAGAAAGUGGUGCAGGAGCUGUUCACCUCUGGGAGAGGCGCUCGGGAUGAGGCCACCAAGGUUCUCAUUGUGAUCACAGAUGGGGAGAAAUACAAAGACCCGCUUUCUUAUUCAGACGCCGUCCCCGAGGCUGAGAGAGCUGGAAUUAUCCGCUAUGCCAUUGGGGUCGGCAGGGCCUUCUCCAGCACUGCUGCCCAAGAGGAGCUUCAGGAUAUUGCCUCUAAGCCCACCAAUGAGCACGUCUUCCGAGUGGACAAUUUCGACGCCCUCCAGGGCAUCCAGAACCAGCUGCAGGAGAAGAUCUUCGCCAUCGAAGGCACCCAGUCCCAGAGCGGCAGCUCCUUCCAGCUGGAGAUGGCUCAGGAAGGAUUCAGCUCCCUGCUGUCCCCUGACGGGCCUGUGCUGGGAGCGGUGGGAGCCUAUGACUGGUCCGGUGGGAUAUACCUGUACGGGAGCAGUGGAAAGCCCAGGUUCAUCAAUGUAUCCAAAACCUCCACUGACAUGAAUGAUGCUUACCUCGGUUAUUCGUCUCAGGUCAUCACAGCCAAUGGGCAGAGCAGCUACGUGGUUGGGGCCCCUCGCUACCAACACACCGGCAAAGUCUUCCUGUUCAGCCGAGAUACCAAGGGCGGGGAAUGGACACCCAGAUCGGAGGUGUUGGGAAAGCAGAUUGGCUCGUAUUUCGGGGGUACACUGUGUGCUGUGGACCUCGACAGAGAUGGGAACACGGACCUGGUUCUAAUUGGAGCCCCCAUGUACUAUACACCUCUGAAUGGAGGGCAGGUCUCUAUCUGCCUGAUUGACUGGUCGAGGAUGACACUGACCUGCAGGAAGACACUGCAAGGGCAGACGGAGCAGGCGUUUGGGCGCUUUGGGGCCAGCAUGUCUGAAAUCGGGGACAUCAGUGGGGACGGACAGACGGACGUGGCCAUUGGGGCCCCCCUGGAGAACGACAAUCGUGGGGCCUUGUACAUCUUCCAUGGGGAAAAGGAAGGCCUCAGUCCCCAGUACAGACAGCGCAUCGAGGGGUCACUGUUCUCCAGCAGGCUGCAGUACUUUGGCCAGGCCGUCAGUGGUGGGACAGACCUGACAGGGGACGGACUCCCAGACAUCGCGGUGGGAGCACAAGGGCAGGUCCUGCUGCUGAGGUCCCGGCCAGUGCUCAGAGUCAGGGUCUCCAUCAGCUUCCAGCCCCCAACCAUCCCCACCUCGGCCUUCGACUGCCAGGGGCAGGAGCAGCUCAACACGGAGGCCAGCAGGGCAGAGAUCUGCUUCACCGUCACUAAGAGCACCAUGGACAGCCUAGGCGACAGGAUCUCCAGCACCAUCCAGUACAGCCUGGCCCUGGACCCCGGACGGACGAAGAUCCGAGCCGCCUUCGACUCCACUAGCCCCGUCUUGAGCAGGGAGCUGCGGCUCGGCAUCGAGAAGAAAUGUGAGGCGUACCGGAUAAAGUUACCUCUCUGCCCAGAGGACACUGUGACCCCAAUCACCCUGCGCCUCAACUACACCCUGACAGGGGAGCCCAUCGCUGCUGCUGGUGGCCUCAGACCCAUACUGAGCGAGGACUCCGUGCCAGUGUCUUCAGUCUCGCUCCCGUUUCAGAAGGACUGUGGCCCGGAUGGCCGCUGCGAUGACCAGUUAGAAAUCUCCUUCAAUUUCUCUGGCUUGAGCACCCUGGUGGUGGGGGUCACCCCAGAACUCAACACCGCUGUCUCCAUCCAGAACCGUGGGGAGAAUUCCUACAGCACCACGGUGCAGUUCUUCUACCCGGCUGCGCUGUCCUACCGCCGCGUCCUGCUGCUCCAGUCUAACAGGAGGGCCUUGGCCGUUAAGUGCAGCUCGGCCGUGGGCUCCGAGGAACAGACUCAAAGGAACAGCACCUGCCAGAUCAACCAUCCCAUCUUCUGGAGUGGAGCUGAGGCCGUCUUCAUGGCUACCUUUGACGUCUCCUCUGAGGCCGAUCUGGGGGACAGGCUGCAGAUCACGGCCAAGGCCAGCAGUGACAAUGGCGUCCCCAUCACCGAGCGCAUGAUUCACCGGGCGGAGCUGCCAGUCAAGUACGGCAUCUUCAUCAUCCUCACCAGCCUCGAGGAGUCGACCAAGUACGUCAACUUCUCCGAGGAGGCAGGAACAAGUGUGCCAGUGACACAUCAGUACGAGGUCAAGAACCUGCGGCAGCGAAGCAUCCCCAUCUCGGUCACGUUCCAGUUCCCUGUGGAGCUGAGCGGCGUCCGGGUGUGGGACGCCUCUGAGGUCGUCCCCUCCAAGCCACAGCUGGCUCAGUGCACCAGUGAGUCUGAAACGCCUGGUCCGAAGGACUUUGUGAAGCAGAUGAACGAGCGCCCCGUGCUGGACUGCUCCGUGGCCACCUGUAAGAAGAUCCGGUGCAGAAUCACCUCCCUGGAAAUGCAGCAGCCGCUGGAGUUCAUGAUCAAAGGGAAUGUCAGCUUCCAGUGGGUCUCCCAGACUCAGCAGCAGAAAGUGAGUCUGGUGAGUGAGGCCCGGAUUGAAUACGAGGAGGAGAAAUACACCCAGACGGAGGGAUUCGUCCAGCGCCAGGUGCAGACGGUGGUGGAGCGCUCCGAGGUCUAUAACUACCUGCCCAUCGUUGUGGGCAGCAGCGUGGGGGGCCUGGUCCUGCUGGCUCUCAUCACCGCAGCCCUCUACAAGUUUGGCUUCUUCAAGCGCCAGUACAAGCAGAGGAUGGAGGAUGCUGUGGAGGGCGAGGGUCCUGGCUCAACCCAGAGCACAACUGCUGGAAACCCCCCUGCUUCCGAUGCCCCCAAACAAUAGCCCCCCAUGCACCAACGCCCCCAGCUUCACCUCCAUCUGGGCAGCUUCACCCCCGUCAUGUUGUCACCUCCAAGAUGCAUAAAAAUUGAUCACUGGCCACCCUCCCACCAACAAAAUGCAUCCUAGUGCCAACUAGAGCCAAUCGUUACUCAAAUUAGGCUUGGAAGAAUUCUCUUGAUAUUUUUAUAAUUUUUAUGGAAAACGAAGUUAAUUUUAGGCAUUUUUUUAAAGUUCCAUUCGUUGGGAUAUGUUAGGGUUAACUAACAGACAUGGGAAGCUGCUAAUUUGCUGACAUGGCAUUAGGGGACAAAGGCAUAUGUAGGCUGUCGUUUUUUGUUUAAUAAAUAAGUCGUCAUUUUUUUUUCCUGUUGCUGAUAAGAAUUUAGAAGAAUGCAGCUGCAUGAGAAAUGUAGCUGUCGAAUAAUGCCCUUUGGGUAAAAGAAAGUAAAAGAAAUGUUAUUUCCCCGUCCCUUCCUUUUCCAGCUAUAUAAACCAGCCCUGGCUUAUGGCCCCUUCCUCCCUCCCCUGAGAAUUGCUGACCAGGGAGAUUUGUGGCAACAAGUUGUUGCAAAGAAAUGUAUUUUCAAGGUAAAAAUGUCUGUGUGAUAUGCGUAAUGCUGUGCACAAUAGAUAGUGUGAGUUUACUAACAGAAUGGGUGUUAUUAUUACGUAAUAAGAGGUUUUGGGAUGUUGUAACAGAUGUAGGCGUGUACAUACUCACUUAGACAAAAAGAAUGUGUUGUAACUAAUUCGGUGCUUACUCGACAAUUGAAUCGAGGGGAACAAGUAUUGCAGUAAAGAAGCUCAUACUCAAAUCCGCCUUUCGGGUCAAUCUGCUUUUUUCUCUUAACAUCUGGCGUCACAAACAGGAUCCCAGGGGAGAGAUGUGCCUGAUCACCACGUCUCGCCAUGGAUUCGAUGAGUACUCCAUUCCUCUUGUUGUUAGCUGUGUGUAUGUGUUCUCCCUGUGUGCUGCCCCAGGUCUGUGCAGACAGCCAACACAGCAGACCUUGAGUGAACCGCCUAAUGACCACAAGAUCCAUUAAGACAUCACCACCAAGAGACUGGAGUGCUGAUCAAAGGGGA